UAUACAGGCAUGAAAGAAAAUAGUAGAGACACUCGGAGGGAUUAUCUCUGUAGGUCACUGCACAUAUAGCAGGUAUAGCAGGUGGAUUUUAUGACCACAUAACAAAAUGAACUGUGAUCCCAUCAACCUGGGAAUAUCAAAGCAGGCCAAGUAAUUCACAGGUAGAACGCGUUAUUGAUUAAGGAGCACCAAAAGAAUAUUUAAAUCUCAUUUGUGUUCUAAAAUAUAGAGAAAGGACUGCAAUCAUACAGAAAGAAAUUUGUUCCAGGGAUAACAAAGGUGCAGAAAGAGAUUGUUUACAGAUAGUGAGUGUCAGGAUCAGGGAUCAAAGGAAAGGAAAGUUCAGUGAUCAAGUGACAGUCUGGACCUUCCAACAUGAGUUGUUCUUCAGAGGCUUGGGAUGCGCCACACGGUUGUGUAGGUGAGUGCUUUCUGUCAGCGCUGUGCCACUCAUCAAGGAGGGGAGGUCCUGGCCCACCAAUGAAUGCCAACGAAUUGCUCCUCUUCUGCUCCCGACUCAGGAGAGUAGACCAGAAGCUCAAGGAGAUGACAAACAUCUACAUCUCUACAGGUUUCCCCUCUUCUGACCAGACUGAGAUAAAGUUAUCUGACUUACUCCAGUCUGUUGUAUUCCUCCUCUACAAAUAUCCAGCUCUCAACUCCCAUUGUGUACGAGAGGCCAUGACUACCCUUAUACACAGAGUGCGAGUUUCAGGCACCAGCACACCGAGUGGUUCCUCGGAGGGUCGGAAGAGAUUCAGUGAAAUAUUCCGAGAUUUUGAUGCGCUGGAGAUAAGCCUCGGAAAUGAGACGGUGGAAAUGUUCUUGAAUGAUUCAGAGCAUUUGGAACUCCACCCAGACGAAGAAGAGGAGUCACUGAUCAGCACACCGUUGGAGCUAUCACGGGCAUCAGUUGAUCAAGGAGUUGAGGAGACUGAUGAUAUCCUGCUGCACAGUGAAGGUGGAGUGGAGUCAGCACUCAACUAUGCAAAGCGUUGGUGCAAAUAUGUGAGGGAGGUGUUGGGUUAUAUGGAGAAAAGACUCAACUAUGAACUUGAAUUUGCUAAGAACAUCACUAAACUGGCCGAGUCCACCAGAUUCAUUUUCACCCAGCAGGCAUCCAUGCCUUUACAAUGUGUCUACCUCUUGCUCAUGGACCAUGAGACCCAGACAGCGAAUGCUGCUCAUGAUACGGUAGCCCAGUUACAGUUGAAGAAAUAUUGCCAGCCGCUGUCUGCAAAGAAGACAGAAAUUGAAAAAUGGAGGAAAGAAUUUCGGGAGCAGUGGCAGAGAGAGCAGAAACGAAUGAUUGACUCGUGUGCGGCACUGCGCAAGUCUCGGCAACUAUACAUUCAACGCUGUGAUGACCUAGAAAAGGCAAAGCAACUAAGUGCAAAGAUAGAGGAAGAACAGGGUCACACAGGAAGUGCAAACAAACUUGUGGAAAAGAGAAGGAAGUCCCGGGAGGAGGCCCAGUCCAAGGCCACAGAAGCGGAGAUGGCAUAUCGUUACUGUGUACAGGAGGCCAACGCUCGCUCUCAGCAGCAAGAAAAGGUCAGAGAGAGAAUUGUAUCGCAUAUUAGGAAGCUGAUUAUCCAGGGGGAUCAAGUGCUGAAGGAGGUGACCAUGAACCUCUUGCGUAUGAAGCAAUCCCAGUGUGAGGUUAUCCCUUGUGGUUAUGGGGACCUGCUGACUACGUGCGACCCCUAUGAGUCUGGGACUCGAUACCUGCAGUUCAUAUUGACUCUGCCACGGAAGCACACAGAUCCUGAACGGUUCACCUUUGAGGAAUAUAUCCCAACAGGACAAAGGUCACCAUCUGUUGGUAGAAGGAAGAAUGCAGUGCAGCUUGUCAGAGUCUCCUCGUCUUUAUCUGACCUCAAUGUAAAGAACGAGGAUGGAACAGUAAAGGUGUAUGCAGGGGAAAGGGGAUCAUGGGGCAGCAAAUUUCCCAGCAGUGAUUCAGAGAGCAUGGGAGCUACCAGCGAAUCCAGAUCCCAAGAGUCUACAAGCGACAGCCCAGGUGACUUUGCUCGAAGAGUCCCUAAAGCUUCCUCCACAGGUACUAUGUCUUCUGAUGAUCUGGAUGAAAGAGAUUCCUUCAAUGCAGAGGAUGUUGAUUCAACAGACGCCAAUUCUGAGAAUGGUUUGCCACUGCAGAGCAUGGAAAGGCUGGGGGUUCUGUCUCUGGCUGCUCAAAGUCAUCGUCUUAAGAGGACAAGAGUUCCCAGCAAGUGCAGGGAGUGCGAGAACUUUAUGGUUUCUGGUGUGGAGUGUGAGGAGUGCUUACUGACCUGUCACAGAAAGUGCUUGGAAAACCUGCUAAUAAAGUGUGGUCAUCGGAAGCUUCCUCCUAAAGUUCCCCUGUUUGGAGUAGACUUCAGCCAAUUUCCUCGGUACUUUCCAGAAGAGGUUCCUUUCAUCAUUGUUAGAUGUACUGCAGAAAUUGAACAACGGGCACUGGGGCAACAGGGUUUGUAUCGUAUCAGUGGAGCCAAAGCUCGGGUGGAGAAGCUCCUGCAGGCAUUUGAGAAUGGGAGAGAACUGGUGGACCUUUCAGGCCAUUCACCGCAUGAUAUAACAAGCUCACUCAAGCAUUUUCUAAAGCAGCUCCCAGACUCAGUUGUCCCUUAUCAACUUUAUGAGCAAUUUAUGGCUUUUUCAAGAGACUACCUGGAAGACACAAAGGAGAAUGAAACUGGCCACAGUGCUAUUCAUCAAAUGAAGGAACUUCUGUGCAGGAUGCCUCACAGUCACUACAACACACUUCGUCAUCUCACAGCCCAUCUCUACAGAGUGUCAGAGAGGUUUGAGGAUAACAAGAUGAAUCCUAAUAACCUGGGGAUAAUCUUUGGACCAACUCUAAUUCGUCCAUUGCCUGGUCAGGACAUAUCAGUGAACUGUCUGAUUGACACUGGGUACCAGUCACAGGCAGUGGAAUUCCUUAUAAACAACUAUGAGAAGAUCUUUGGGAUGGACGACUUACCCUCUGCCAGACCCCAGAAUUCAGAAGAGGAGCCAGCAGAUGUGGAAGGAGCAGAGGAUUCAAGAAGACCCUUUGAUGUUAAGGGUGUAACAGAGACUUCAUCAGACAAGGGUCUAUCGGAUGCUGACAGACUCCAAGAAGAGGUGGAAGAAGACCAAGAGGUGGAAAAUGCCACAUAUUCCAGGAAUCACUUUAGUCGCUUGCCGAUAAGGCUUGUGCGUAUGGAACAGUCAAAGACUGAAGGAGCAGAGACUGAUGGAGAAGCCGAGGGUGAAGAAGGAUAAAGUCCAGGAGCCAUCUCUGACUUUAUGAUCUGUUGUAUGAUCUCCCAGAGAAUUCUGGGAGGUGAAGUAUGAGUAGAUGGCUUAAUGGCUUGACAAUGGCUCUGUAUUUAGAUGUGUGUAUAUAUCUUAAUGAGGGAACUGAGAAACAAAACAAAUCCCUUCUUUGAAUUAUUUUUGUAAAGUAACAGAGUUCAGCCCGAUGGAAAUGCACUAUGAAACCAAAGAGAUUAUGACUCCUAGCUGUGUGGCUGUUGCACUUAUCCAGAUCCCUCAUCCAGAUUCUCUGCAGUAUUUUCUCAUUUGUAAAUCACUGAAAAUAAUAUUGCUAUUCUAUAUUAAAUAUACAAAUAAAAUAAUACA